AUGGCAUCUGCUUCAGGAGGAGACACGGCCGAUUUAAGCGAGCAACGACCGCGAAAAAGGGCCAAGUACACUCAAGUUGCAUGGCUCGCGACGCAGUUUCAGACCGUCCACAGGCAGAUUGAGGCACUUCAACGUGACAUCCAAGUUCUGUCCACCAGAUUAAGAGGAGUCGAAUCAUCGUCCCGUCCCAAAUCACCUGCAUUGCCGAGCAGCGCCGCAGCGGGGAGUAUACAUCGGAUUUUGAAUGCGCCACAGUCCCCCUCCUACAUCGGUCCCACCAGUGCCGAAUUUGGUCUUGACCGUCCUCGCAUUGCAAAUGGAGAAUCCCACAACCAUGGCGAAAAGGAUCAUCCCAUCACCGGCGAUGAUGAGUCGUGCUCAUCCCCCACACCCCAAAGCCGGGUGCCUUCCAAGGACGAAGGACCAGUGGCACAUCAGGAUCCGUUGCAGGGUCUAGCUUUGGAGGAGACACUGCGUCUGGUCCAAGUGUACGAAGAUAAUGUGGCCACAAUUUACCCCUGCGUUGAUUUGGCUAGCGUUCGCACCUUUGUUGUCGAGUCCCAUCUUUCCCGCAGCUCGCGAGUUGGGGACUACUCCCGUCAAACGCCAGCAGCCCAUCCAGCCAGAGACUGGUUUCAUGCACGUGACAUUCAAGUCUUGAACAUCUUGCUGGCCACGGCUCUCUUGGUUGAGUCGCAUGGUAGAAGCGAGUUAGCCGCUGAGCUGGCGGACUGUGUGGAGGAUCGUUUCGCUAGUCGACUGAAAAUUGCCCAGGUUGACAUGAAGGAAAUUUUGAUUUUGGUAUUGUUAUCCAUUUUUCACUCAUACCGCGAUGAUGAAGUCAUUGCUUGGCGAUUGAUUGGCAUGGCGGCGCGUGGAAGUAUGGAACUGGGCUUGCAUCGCCAAGAGACAUGGCAAAGAACGGGAGGAAUAUUUCCAGGUGCACUCGAAUGGCUGUGGGCCAGUCGUCUCUUCUGGGUUGUAUAUGUCUUGGAUCGCAAAUGGUCAUGCGGAACAGGUCUACCAUUUGCGAUCCAAGACGCGGAUAUGGAUACCAAUCUGCCAGAACCCGGUCACUCGACCCCGUAUCUGACCUGCAUGAUUUCUUAUGCUCGCCUCAGCUCGAAGAUUUGGGGAUUGAUUGUCGGCUGGUCGAAUCGCUCUCGAGCGGCUACGUCAGAAGGAUGUGCCAUGCUGGACGCGCAAGUUCAGCAAUGGGUGCGCUCCAUUCCACGGGAGCUUCGCUUCGAUCCCGGCCAGCGCGCAACUGCAGGACCUGGGCAUACUGAUAGGAAUAUCAUGCUCCAGGUACUGCUUGCACUCCAAGCUAAUCAGCUGCGGAUUCUCGUCUACCGGCAGUACUUGAUGAGCAGUGAACGCAUUGCAGAGGAUCUGGCCGGGGCAUCGAUCGCUGUGGAAACAGCAAAGAGCACAGUCCACAUGUUGGACUACUUUAGCCGGGUUUCGAACAUCUAUUUCCAGCGACCAGAGCCAUUCAAUUACUUCUUAAUAUCUGCUCUUGCGGCUUUGUUCCUUGCCGUGCUACAUGCGCCAUACCGAUACAGCCAAACCUGUCGACCCGAGUUCUACACUGCCAUCGACAUGGUUCGCCGCUCAGCGACUCAUACUCGGACCUCACGGCGUCUUCAAAAGAUCAUCCGCAGCCUCAAACGAAUUCAGUUGAAUGUUCAAUGGCACAAGUCGCGGGGCCCCACAUCCCCAGUUCAGCAUCAUCACCGCCCACCAACUCUUGCGAGGAAGGUCCCCGACGCUGGCGAUAGUCCGUCCACAUCAGUGAAACAGACCUCCCUCGCGACUCGCAAUCUGUUAAACAACACGCCACUUUCUCUCCCCACGGAAUCUCCGCCCAGUCAAAGGCAUCCUCGAGUAGACGAUGGGCCCAUUCCGCAGUCAUCUUCUGCAACACUGUGGCCAUUGUCACCAGGCACCGCCAUCGAUCUUGAAUCCAACGACUGUGCGGAUCUUAGUAGUUUCUUUGAGAUGGCAGGCGGGUUAUAUUUUGAUCCUGAUGCAGAUGCGCACUUGGCGAGUGGAGUGGGGAUGGGGGUCGAAAUGUCUCACUCUGACUACGGGCGGGCGCCUCAUGCGUUGGAUGCGUUUCAGGCUGAAGAUGAGGCGUUGACACGGGUGAUGGCUGGUCUUCUUUGA